AUGGAGAAGACCCACCUGAUUCGGUGUCUAGCCGGAGAAGACCCACCUGAUUCGGUGUCCAGCCCUAGAGACAAGAAACCCACAUGCCCCCUAUGUAACCUACAGGAGGAAAUGGUAGAAGACCCACCUGAUUCGGUGUCCAGCCCUAGAGACAAGAAACCCACAUGCCCCCUAUGUAACCUACAGGAGGAAAUGGACACCUGA